UGCCAUAAUGAUGAUGGCAGUGAUCAUAAUGAUGAUGAUAAUGAUGAUGAUGAUGAUGAUGAUGAUGAUGAUGAUGAUGAUGAUGAUGAAGAUGUGGAUGAUGAAGAUGAUGAUGAUUAUCUUGACGAAAAUACGGAAGCCUACCCUGGUAUCCAGUAUUCCGGCGUUCGUGUCCAUCCACCCCUACCCCACUUGGAAGUUUGUGGUUGCCGCAUUCCCGUUCCUAACCCGAAAUCCCGAAAUCCUCUGUUCAAAAUAGAUUACAACAGUCUUUCGGAGGCGUAUAACCUCAGCGAAUUCGACACCAAGGCGUUGCAUAAUACAUGUGACAACGCUCAAUCCAGUCAUAGUCUACUCGAUCAAUUUACUUAUCACGUGCCUGGAGCAGGCAGAAGAAUUGGCUGGCAGUGUCGAGCGAAAAUCCCGGGGACUUAA